AUGCUUAGUAGAUCACUAAAUAAAGUAGUCACAUCUAUAAAGUCGUCUUCGAUAAUCAGGAUGUCAUCCGCUACCGCUGCUGCUACUUCUGCUCCUACUGCUAAUGCUGCUAAUGCUCUAAAAGCUUCAAAGGCUCCAAAGAAAGGUAAACUACAAGUGUCUUUGAAAACACCUAAGGGUACGAAGGAUUGGGCUGAUAGUGAUAUGGUUAUCAGAGAAGCCAUUUUUAGCACUUUAUCUGGCCUAUUCAAGAAGCAUGGUGGUGUCACUAUCGACACACCUGUUUUCGAGUUAAGAGAAAUUUUAGCAGGCAAGUAUGGUGAGGACUCCAAACUGAUCUACAACUUGGAGGACCAGGGUGGUGAAUUAUGUUCUUUACGUUACGAUUUGACCGUUCCUUUUGCCAGGUACGUUGCCAUGAACAAUAUUCAGAGUAUCAAGAGGUAUCACAUUGCAAAAGUCUACAGAAGAGACCAACCAGCCAUGACUAAGGGUCGUAUGAGAGAAUUUUACCAGUGUGAUUUUGACGUUGCAGGCACAUUCGAAUCUAUGGUUCCUGAUUCCGAAUGUUUGUCCAUUUUAGUGGAAGGUUUGACCAGUUUGGGAAUCAAAGAUUUCAAAAUCAAAUUGAAUCACAGGAAGAUUCUUGAUGGGAUCUUCCAAAUCGCUGGUGUUAAAGAUGAGGAUGUGAGGAAAAUCUCUUCUGCUGUCGAUAAGUUGGACAAAUCUCCAUGGGAAGCAGUCAAGAAGGAAAUGACCGAAGAAAAAGGUCAAUCCGAAGAAACUGCUGAUAAAAUCGGUGAGUAUGUUAAAUUAAAUGGUUCUUUGAAGGAAAUUCACGCUGUUCUAUCCGCAGAUGCCAACAUUACUUCAAACGAAAAGGCUAAACAAGGUUUGGAUGAUAUUGCUACUUUGAUGAAGUAUACCGAAGCAUUUGACAUUGACUCAUUCAUCUCUUUUGAUCUUUCUCUUGCAAGAGGUUUGGAUUACUAUACAGGUUUGAUCUAUGAAGUUGUUACUUCUGCAUCUGCUCCACCAGAGAAUGCUUCAGAAUUGAAGAAGAAGGCCAAAUCUGCAGAAGACGCGUCAGAAUUCGUUGGUGUCGGCUCUAUUGCAGCCGGUGGUCGAUAUGAUAAUUUGGUCAACAUGUUCUCUGAAGCUUCCGGCAAAAAAUCUACUCAAAUUCCAUGUGUUGGUAUUUCAUUUGGUGUUGAAAGAAUAUUUUCUUUGAUCAAACAAAGAAUUAAUUCCUCUACAACUAUAAAGCCAACGGCUACACAGGUGUUCGUUAUGGCUUUUGGUGGUGGUAAGGACUGGACUGGUUAUUUACCCGAAAGAAUGAAGGUUACUAAGCAAUUAUGGGAUGCUGGCAUUGAAGCUGAAUAUGUCUAUAAGGCCAAGGCUAAUCCUAGGAAGCAAUUCGAUGCUGCUGAAAAAGCGGGUUGUCACAUUGCCGUAAUCCUCGGUAAGGAGGAGUACUUAGAAGGUAAAUUACGUGUCAAAAGAUUGGGCCAAGAAUUUGCCGAUGAUGAUGGUGAAUUGGUUAGUGCGGCUGACAUUGUUCCUAUUGUUCAAGAAAAGUUAUCACAAAUUCAUGAAGAUGGUCUAAAUGAGGUCACUCGUUUAAUUAAAGGAUUAUAA